GGAAUACAGAUUACAUAACGUUUCCAGUAUACAUUCCAAAUUGAACACAUUCUCCUCCAUUUCCCAAACACGCCCUUUCACGACAUAGAUUCAGCUAAGAUUUUUCUUAAUCCGUACGAAUCGAAAACCUUGGAAUCAGGGGAGAAAAAUCACACACCAACACUCAAAUUUGUGUUCAACAAUUUAUGAUUUCAUGAUUGAUUGAAAUCUUAUUCAAAUGAGGGGCUUAUUGAUUCCGCUGUUUUUCGUGAUCUUGAUUUUAGCUGUUGUAAUUGGAGCUUCCUCAAGCUCCGACCCGGAUCCGGAUUCCGAUAAUCCGCCGUUGCCGUUGACUGCCAAACACGAGACAGCAAUAUUGGCUGCUCCUGAUGGAACAGUAUAUAUGGUGGAGAUUGGUUCCGGAAAAAUCCUCUGGUCGUUCUCAUCUGGCCCGUCAAUUUAUUCCUCGUAUCAACAAAUCCCUAACCACGAAGGAGAAAAGCUCAACACAUCUGCUGAUGGUGAUAAUUUCUAUAUAGAUUGUGGAGAAGAUUGGGAACUCUACUUACAUGGAACUGGCCUUAAGAAAGUGAAGCUCCCUAUGAGUGCUGAAGAAUUCGUAAAACGCACUCCAUUUGUGUCGGCUGGUGGUGGGAUUAUGCUAGGAUCAAAAAGGACUUCUGUGUUUGUCGUGGAUGCGAAAACUGGAAAGGUCGUUCGCACUUUAAGGUCGGAUAACCUUUCCUCGGGCGAGGAUCGUGGUGCUGAUGAAACUUCGAUUAUGACUAGAGCUGACAUUGAAAAAUGGUUGCCUGCAAGUUCUGUGGAUGCCGAGGCCGUUGAGAAGCCGCUUUAUCUUACCAGGACUGACUACGCAGUGAAGUAUACGUCUGCGAAAACGGGAGAGGUUCUAUGGUAUCUUAUGUUUGCUGACAUUGAAGCGUCGUUUCAGUGUGAAGGAAUUGAAGAUUUUUUGGGGGGUUUCUCGGGGAGAGGGAUUGAUAUGAAGCUGCCGAUGCCUUGUCAGACACGGCCUCUAGUCUACCGUAUCCGGGAUCGUAGCUCUCUCGAGCCGCUUUUUAAAGCGAAUCGUGUUGGAGAUGCUCUUCCGGGAGGUGGAAUUCUUUCUUUGCCUGCUACCGAUCAUGGUGAACCCAAAAACUUAUUGGCACUUUAUGGUGGCAAUCAGAAUGAACUUAUGCUUGCGCUGCCGACUCCUGAACGAAAAGAUUUUAUGAUUGAAAGUGUUCCCAGCACUGGCGCUCGUCAAAUCAGCGGUCGUGUAGAAUCUGAUAGCAUAGCACAUCCUCAUCUGUGGCCUUCCAUGCUGUUUUCCGCUUUGCUGUCUAUAGCCCUGACUUUCGUUUGCUACGCCAGACAUCAAAUUACGAGGAAAGGGGUUGUGUUACAUCUGUUUCAUCGGCAAUCGGAAGAUUUGAAAAAGUUGCAAAAUGCGACACCCAAAAAGAAGAAAGGCCGGAAAACGGUUGUGAAAAGACAUAGUAUCUCCGAUGGGAAGAAUGGUAUGAAAGAGGAUAGAUUUUUGACCCCUAAUCCUUUCGAGAACAAUGGCAUUUCCACGUAUGGGCGUAAGAUUGGUAGAAUGGUGGUGACCAGCAAAGAGAUCGCAAAGGGGAGCAAUGGGACAAUUGUACUCGAAGGAAACUAUGAAGGCCGUUCCGUUGCUGUCAAACGUCUUGUCCGCACCCAUCACGAUGUGGCUGUGAAGGAGAUCCAGAAUCUCAUUGCAUCUGAUCAACAUCCAAACAUUGUUCGUUGGCACGGAGUGGAAUAUGAUCAAGAUUUCGUUUAUAUAUGUCUGGAGCGAUGUACUUGUAGUUUGUUUGAUUUGAUCGUAUUCUGCACUUCUUCAGAUCAAAGUCAACAAUCUCCGAGUAUUGUUGGUUCUAACAUGGAAUUGCUGAGCAAUCUUGGAAACAAUGAGGAGCUCGAGCUUUGGAGGGCUAAUGGAUAUCCGUCUGCUUUGUUGGUGAAGUUGAUGAGGGACAUUGUCUUAGGACUUGCUCAUUUGCACGAACUCGGGAUUAUACAUCGGGAUUUGAAGCCUCAAAAUGUCCUCGUGAUGAAAGAUAGAUCUAUAUCUGCAAAAAUAUCGGAUAUGGGCAUCAGCAAGCACUUGGAUGGAGACAUGUCAUCUCUAUCCAAGCACGCUACCGGAUAUGGAAGCUCGGGAUGGCAAGCGCCCGAGCAGCUACGUAAUGAGCGGCAGACUCGUGCCGUAGACCUUUUCAGUCUGGGAUGCAUGCUGUUUUUCUGCUUAACCGGCGGUAAACACCCUUUUGGCGAAAGUAUUGAGCGCGAUGUUAAUAUAAUCAAUUCUCGGAAAGACCUCUUCUUGAUAGACCAUAUCCCGGAAGCCACAGAUCUCAUCUCCGGCCUUCUCGCCCCUAAUCCAGACACGAGGCCAAAGGCUGCAGAAGUGAUGCACCAUCCUCUGUUCUGGAGUUCCGAGACGAGGCUCUCGUUCCUCCGUGACGUCAGCGACAGAGUCGAGCUGCAGGACCGGGAGAGCGCGUCUGACCUCCUCGAGGCCCUAGAGAACACAGGGAAAGCCGCGUUGGACGGGAAAUGGGACGAGAAGAUGGAAAGUGCCUUCAUCAAUGACAUUGGGCGCUUCCGGCGAUACAGGUACGACAGCGUGCGCGAUCUGCUGCGCGUGAUUCGGAACAAGUUGAAUCACUAUAGAGAGCUUCCAAGGGAGAUUCAAGCAAUUUUGGGGUCAGUGCCUGAAGGAUUCAACACUUAUUUCUCAACCAGAUUUCCUAAGCUCUUGAUUGAGGUGUAUCACGUGAUUCGUUGCCAUUGCGAGAAUGAAGAAACAUUUGGCAAGUAUUUUAGAGGUAGUGGAUUCUAACUUAGAUCUUGCAAUGUAACAUUGUUGUAACAAAAUUUGUACAUGUAAUGUAACUAAUCUAAUUAAUAUGGUAUAGGGUUUACAGUUUUGGACAUUA